AUGUCCGCUCAAUCGUUGCAUGCAGUUUUCCCAGCUCGGAAGGGCCCUAUCAACCUGCCCUACGAGAUUUUCCUCCUCAUCGUAGAGGCAAUGAUUUCGGAGGCCUACGAGCGGGCUAGACAUGAAAAGGUAAUCUACACAAUUGAUUUCACGGACGGACAGCAUCAAAGUGUCUCGCAGUCCAGUUUUUCUGUUGUAUUGUGGGGCCGUAAAAGCUUCAAGAUACAGAUGCAGCGAUGGAAACAAAUCCGCGACCUUCUACGAAUUGACGGAACCAGCAGACGCUUGGUAAAAGGAGCCUUCGUUACCAACGACAUGAUUUGGCCGCAAACUCUUACUCCUGAAACGCUGCUGUGUUUUCCCAACUUGCGAGAAAUUUGGAUCCAUGUCGAACAAAACUUCACAGGGAUCGAUCCGAGAGUCUCUUUCCAUGACUCUCACGAUGACGACAUGCCACUCGACACCCAAAUUCUCCCCGAACUGGGUCUGGAUGCAUCGGGUCACGACCUGAAGACUUUGAAGACGCAGUUGCGCGUUGCAGAAAAACGAGGGAUUGAUGUUUACGUAACAACAAGCACAGCAUGGACACAGAGUUCCCGCGCCAAGACAUUACGAUUAUCCUUGAAGGAUGGAGCUGUUCGAAUGCGGUUCCUUGACCCGCAUUGCGAUUGUUACCUUGAGCUUUCUGAGGAUCUCAGAGCUCUUGGCCUUACUCUACAGCAAGCGAUGCAGCAGCAGGAUUAG